UCGGAGAAGGUGGCAGAACUUCCGGUGUCAUCGUCAUCAGCCAUUUUGUUAGAGGUGUUGACAUUCAACCGCUGAGCUCGACGAACUCAUUUUAGAUGAUAUGGGCUCCUCCGGUAUAAUCCUAAUGUAAAACGGAACUUGGUUUAAGGUAGAUUUUUCGGACGCGCUAACAAGUAAGGUUAGCUAAUACGUUUGUUAGCUCUGGCGAAAUGGCGGUGAACGCGGCACAGCAAGCCCCGAAAACAAACUGGCCGUAUGGUGGUAAUUCAAGCGCAGAUGGGCAAGUCCAUGAGAACCCAGAAUGGGAAAAAGCCAGACAGGCUCUAGCCUCCAUUAGUAAAAGUCAGAACUCUACCAAGACUUCACCAGCUAAUAGCACCCCACAACAGACCGGACCUUAUCAGGCAACAGACACUUCUGCAAUGCAGCAACAACAGCAGCAGCAAUACUAUCAACAGUGGUAUCAACAGAAUCAACAACAGUAUGCUGGUUACACGUAUCCAUAUAACUACUACUACCCCAUGCCUCCGUAUGGAGGCCCAUAUCCUCCGGGACAGUAUGGUGUUCAAGGGGGCUACCAGACACCCACUACACCCACUGGACAGGCCCCUGCCAUGUCUAUGAUGGAAGAUCAGUCCUCCAGCUAUUCCUCCCAGCCCCCUCCUCCUGCUACCCCUCAACCACCCCCUCAGAGUCCUACAUCCACUGACCAGCCCCCACCCCCUCCUCCACCCGCUAUACCUCCCUCACCCAAUACCCAGUACCCCCCUUCAUCAUCCCAAACCCCUUACAGCCCUAAUGGUACCCUGCCUUACAGUCCCACUGAUUCAAACCCUAUGAUGCUGGGCUACAAUUCAGGACAGAUUCGGCCAGGGUACCAGGGUUACCAAGCUCCGGCAUAUCAGCCCCCUCAGCAGCAGGCUCCAGGACAGGGCCCAUAUGGAGGCCCAGGCAGGGUGGAUGCUAAGAAACCUAACAAUAGCAAUAUGAACAAAGGUGACCAGCAGAUGUGGCAACACAUGAAACAGGCUCCUGGAACUGGUGCUGUAAAAUUUAAUAUACCAAAACGCCCAUAUGUCAUGGCCAAUCAAAACUUUACUUCAGGUGAUCAGGCUCCUGGAUUGGCUUCCCCCACUACGACAAACCCGUCACCUGGGUCUGUUGCUGGAACCUCUGUCACUUCCACAGGAAGUGCCCAAACUCGGCCUCAGGACUGGCCACAGGCCAUGAAAGAGUAUGUACAGCGCUGCUUCACAGCCUGUGAAUCUGAAGAGGAUAAGGAUCGUACGGAAAAAGUGUUAAAAGACCUUCUGCAGUCCAGACUACAGGAUGGCUCUGCUUACACCAUUGACUGGACCAGAGAACCACUGCCAGAUUUGAAGCCAAAGCAGUCUCGCUGGGAGGCAGUUCCUCAACGUUCUCAGGAGAAUGCUAUUGGGAGAGGUGGAGCCACCCGUGGAAGGGGCGGGGCCAGGUUGGGUAACUACAGAAAUGUCUUUUCUCAAAGAAGCCCCUCUUCAAGCUCAUCACACUCCUCAUCACGAUCCCCGUCACCUCACAACCGACAAAGGGACCGGAGUAGACAUCAUCGCAGUGACUCUGGCUCUCAGUCAGACAGCAGCAUGUCAAGUGAUCUUCGACUUUCACUAUCCCGGCGGCAACAAAAGGCUGGCCGAGGCCGGGGGGCAGAAAGGGGGCGAGGUAGAGGUGCUGCGGGAGAAAGAGGUAGAGGAAGAGGCAAAGCAAACAGAGGGCGGAGGAAUAUGGAAGACCUCUCCAGUGGUCUUGGUAAAAAGCGGAAAGGUGGUAAUGCAGGGCUUGACUUUCAUGACCCAAACCGUGAAGCGAAGAAGCAGAGCCGUGCAGCCCGUUUCCACACUAAGCUACGCACUGAACCCCUAGUGUUAAACAUCAAUGUUUUUGACCUCCCCAAUGGCACCCAAGAGGGACUGAGUUGGGAUGAUUGCCCCAUAGUCGGCACCUGCCAGGACAUCACCAAAAACUACCUUCGACUGACCUGUGCCCCUGACCCUGCAACUGUCAGACCCGUGUCUGUGUUGCGAAAGUCUCUGAUUGCGGUUAAAGCUCAUUGGAAAUCCAAUCAAGAUUACUUGUAUGCAUGUGAACAAAUGAAGUCAAUACGACAGGAUCUCACUGUUCAAGGUGUACGUACAGACUUCACUGUGGAGGUGUAUGAGACACACGCUCGCAUUGCUCUGGAAAAGGGUGACCACGAGGAGUUUAACCAGUGCCAGACCCAGCUGAAGGCGCUGUAUAAAGACUGCCCUUCGGACAACGUGGGAGAAUUCACUUCCUACAGACUUAUUUACUAUAUCUUUACUAAGAAUUCUGGAGACCUGACGACCGAGCUUGUGUACCUGACCCCUGAGCUCCGUGCUGAUCCGUGUGUAGCUCAUGCUCUUGAACUCCGUACUGCCUGGGCCCUUGGAAACUUCCACCGGUUCUUCAGACUCUAUCAGAAUGCUCCACGUAUGGCUGCUUACCUUAUUGAUAAGUUUGUGGAGCGAGAAAGAAAUAUAGCACUGAGGUCCAUUCUUAAAACGUUCAGGCCCUCUGUGCCAGUGGAGUAUGUUCAGUCGAGCUUGGCCUUCCCAGAUUUAGACUCAUGUGUAGCAUUUUUAACAGGGCUGGGAGUUACAUUCACCCCCUCUGACCCAAGCAAAAUAGAUUGUAAAGUCAGCUCAGCCAGUCUUUCAACCUCAUAGUACGGGGAAAGGGUGGGCAGUGACCAGAAAAUUUUUAUUUAUAGAGGUUAAAAAGCCUGACUGUAGAUGAGGGCCCUGAUAUCUGCAUAAUUGACACACACUCAGAGUUUAGUGCCAAUCAUAUUUAUGAAAGAUAAGGAAGAGUGAUGGACUUUCUGACAGAUGACACACCCACACACAGGGAUUUAGGUUCUAUAUUCAAGACCCAGUAUAGCCUACCACACAGCCCAUUUAGUGAAGUAUCAGGCAAUCAGUUUACUUGAACACUAUCCCUUACACCAAUAGAAAAAAGGCAAAGAUCUGUAGGGUCAGCAGGUCAGGUCCCACAGCCCAGAGCUCAAAAAAACAUCUAAGCUAACACUGUUGUGUUCUCAUGUUUCUCUCCUUUCAAGCAAACAGCCGCAAAGCUCAAGACCUGAAACAUCAAGGUUAAUCCAGGAUGUAUUUUGAGCCUGUUUCCACCGACAGCGUACCAGCUCAUCAAGUCUGUGUGAAGGCUUCUUCUGCAAGGUUUUGAUCAUUAUGGGACUUUUAAAGCCAAGUGAGCUACAGUGUAAUUCUCCAGACAAGAAGAGGAUGGUUUGUAUUCCCAAUCUUUCUCUUUGCCUGAGAUGUCUUCAGUGAGUCACUAGUGGAGGUGUUCGGUUAGAUCUCCAGGCUCCCCUCAUCUCUAAGAUCCUAAUGCUGAUAGCAUGUAAUAUUUGGACUGAUCUAUAACAAGACAACCAUUUUAAGAAAUGCAGAUUAGGCCCUGUUUUACAUCAUAAGUUCCGCCCCUUCCAGCACAGUCUCUUCUCCCUCACCUGCACAUCAUCAACAGUCAAGAAUCUGUCCUUCAUUAGUCAUACAUACCCUCCUAAUCGUUCCUUGAAACCCAGGAAGCACAGCUCAGUGACUCAGUCUUCUUUCACUUAUGCCCCAGCUGUGAUCUGAAUAGGGCCAGCAAUUUUAAAAGUCAUCAAAGUCCACUCAGGGCAUUCAUUCACCACAAGGUUUGAUCACCUGCCUCUGAAGAAUGAAGUCCCCUACAAAGCAUCACCCAGCAUAUAAGUUUUGUGCACUUAACAUGCAGUCACCCGGCAAAGGAAAAGUCAUUCAAGAAUGAAAAGCAAGCUCAGUGUUUCUUCACAACAAGUUGGAGGCUGUCUCUUGUCUUCUCUCCAGAUGGUGAUCUUUACUAGUUACCUCACUGCUGCAAGGGCAUCCACUGUCAGGCUGGGUUUUGGAAACACACGGGUUAGUAUGGCUCCUUAAGCUUUGGCCACGUCUACUGGUAAUGGCUGGUAAGAAGGACUUGAUGCUUUUAAAAGCAUAUUGGAUCUUCAUUUAGCUUGGGUUGAGGUGUUACCACUUUUGAACAACAUGCUUUGCUUGGUAUCUGUUAACCCCUUCUGGCAGGUUGUGAAUUUGUCAUUUCUCAAUUUAAAAUGGGCCUAAUACUGAACCCUGUUGUACCCCUUAUCUGCAAGAUUGACACCAAAAGAUCCAUACAAAAAUCUAAAAGAUCUGCUAAUUUUACAUGGAUAUUACUGUGAUAAAGUAGUAAAUCUCAGAGAUUGAUAUGGUGUCAUGGUCUUAAUCUAGCCAAUGAUUAAAGCAUGAACACAUUGUAGUAAAGUUAUACCAAUUCAAAGUAUUACAAAGUGAAUCUAAUCCGCUUCGAUUUCUAAUGGACUGCUUUAAAAUUAGAGUUGACACUCAUCAAUUACAUUGUAAAUGAACGAGGAGCAUGUGCAGCAGCAUUUGCAGCUGACAUAAUCAGGUUUAUUUAUUAUUAAGAUUUAGCAUGGAUAAGGCUUGGGUCUGAAAUAUUUGUGCUUUAGCUAAAUGUGCUCGGGGUCACUGUAAGCAGAAAGCAUCCCUUACACCUCAUUGGUGAAAUUUGUAAAUAUGUGCUCAUGUAAAAAUAAGUGGAAUUUAUUUCUUUUUCCUUUAUAGUUGCUUUGAUUUUCAUAAUAAUUAUUUUUGUUUGUACAAUGGUAAGUGUAAUUUUCAGCUAUAUGUUUAUUUUGCUGGCAGUUUUAAAAUUAAAAAAAAAAAAUUUUUGGGUGGUGAGCAUGUUCACACUGAUAUGCGGUUUGGUCCAAAUAACAGUUUUUUUUUAUUUUUUAUUAUUAUUAUUAUUCUAACAUUUCUUGUUCCCUUAGACAUUAAAUAAGUUACAUGUUAGAAAGUAAAACAUCCAGUCCAUACUCAUGAAGAAGUCAGGGAUCCAUGGAUUGUUGAUAAUAUGCCAAAUCUUUCCCUUGUUGAUCAUAAUUUAAUUUACAAUAAUAUUUAAGUAAUGUUUGUCAUUUACUUUGUCAUCUUAGCUUUUGUUCAUCAUCUUCAUUUCCCAAUUCAUCUUUUCUUGCUCUCACACCUGUAAAAAUUCACUUUUGCACAAAAGUAUCCAACAAUAAGAGAAAGAUUUGGCUUAAGCACAACCACCAAGAUAUUGAUUCCUUUCAUUUGCAACUUCGAUUUGACUUAGUAAAAUAAGUACUGAAUUACUGCAUUGUAUUGGAGUUGGGAAAUGAUGUUAAUCAAAUUUUUAUUUUUUUGUUUAGCUCAUUUUGUGGACCUUAGAGCUUCAUCUUGUGUUUGAUUGUAUAUUGUAAUUGAAUUCCUUGCUGAUGCUACUGGUUGCCACACUGACUUUGCUCUCCUCUCCUCAACCUUUAACCCCUCCCACCCCUUGUUCUCCUCUCUCCUCCUGCACUCCUUCAUUGCCAGAUUCUCUCUGUCUCUUCUUGCAGUCAUGAGUAUUUGGAGCAAAGUGAGAGAUGAAAAGAUGAGGGCAAAACUAAUCCAGAGGCACACUGGAAAAUGGGCAUUGACGUCCAGACAUCAGCCAAUUCAGAUUCUUCAUUGUGCCUGUUGUCUGAUGCAUUUGUCAUUUUGAGGAGAGCCUGGUGAUUUCAACUUGCAAUGUUUUCUUCAUGCCAAUCACAAAAUCUUUAAGAAACAUGACAAAACCACCAUGUCAGUCUGAUGAUGAUGUAUGGGUUUUAUUUCAGGAAUUGUGCUCCAUAUAGUGUUCAUUACAAUUGCUGCUGUAUGUUCAGGUGUGUCUUUGUAUUAUAAUUUGCUGCCCCCCACCACUAUAUUAUUAUAGUUUUUUUUUUUUUGUUUUUUUUUUAACUGAUGUUUAUUGUAUUAUUAAAUUAUUAGGCUUUUUGUUUCUGAUGUCUAAUUUUGGAGUUUAAUGUUAGCUGUAGAAUUGCAUAUUGAACACACCUGGACAUACUGAUGACCAGAUAUCUUCUCAUGUAAACUAUAGAUGUCCAAGCAGCAGGUUACGUAGAUGAAUCCUUACAGUAAUUCCUCUGUCUUGAAAGCUCACUGCAUUUUCUAAUGGUAAUGCUGAUUGGCUGCCCAUAAUGCAUAUUACUUCAGGAUUGUCCAAAGCAAUGUUGAUUGUCUUAAAUGAUUCCACUGUUUACUUUUCUUUCAUGAAAUGUAUUUUUCUUCCUUGCUGUCAUAGUUGAUGUGUAUUAUUUUUACAGCACUAUUCCUAAUGGUUUCGUCCCUCUCUUCAAAUGUUGCAUGUCCCAUUGCCCAUCUAAUUUCUUUAACUUCUUUCCUUUGCAUCAGACCCCCCCCCCCUUCAUAUUGUUUGUUUGUUUAGAUUUGUCUCCAAGUGUUCUCUUACAUUUCAGCAUUAGCCUUUGACUCUUUUGGCUUUCUCUCAUCUUGAAUAUUUUUUUCAGCAAUCUGUUCUUUCUGCAUGUUCUUCGUCUCCCUCUUCUUUCCUUGGUUUUCUGUAAUGCAAUGUUGUGAUUGGUAUACAUGUAGUCAGUGCUUGGCAGUAAGUAUUUUGACAAGACUGUACUUGCAUCUGUUUCUUCUUUUACAGCACCAUCUCUGAAAGACCUAAUGUCUCUGCCCUAUCUAGCGCUCCGUGUGUUAUUAUUACACAGUGGAGUUCACAAAGAAAUUACUGCCAUUUGUAGAUACUGAUCUGUAUAUAAAUGUACCUACUUUCUUUUCUUGAGAAAAAAUAAAAGAUUUUUUUUUUAAA